AUGGCUGGUCCAGGCGGCGGCCCUUCGAGGCGCAGUCACACAAAGUCCCGAAAGGGCUGCAAGACUUGUAAAAGGAGACACAUUCGCUGUGACGAAACCUUCCCACAAUGUCGCAAUUGCACAAAGCACCAAGUUCGGUGCGAUUACAUGGACAGCCCCACUGCCAUGAUGCCCGAAUCUCCACAAGCCCUGCAGCAGCCCAACCUUCUUUGGACCCCAGAGAUUGAGGCUACCAUCGAGCAGUGGAGGCAGACUGGAGAGUUCCCCUUCCCCGAACUUCGAAUCUAUCCACAACCCCAAUGGCGUGCCUAUGCAAAAACCGACCUCCGUUUGAUCCACCAUCUCUCUUCCAUUACGAACGAAAUGUUCAGGAAUCGAACCUCCAAAAUGACGCUGUGGGCUGACAUGAUGCCGAAAUUCUUGAGCAUCGCGGCCUCUCAUCCUUUCGUCAUGCACUCCAUCCUCGCUUUCUCCGCCUCCCAUCUAGCCUGGAUCUCACAAUGUACCGAAACACGAAAUCUGGCUUUCCACCACGCAAGCAUCGCGCUGAAGGGCUUGCACGACGGCAUCUCGAGCUUCACUAAGCUGAACUCGGACGCAGUGCUGGCUUCGUCUCUCUUACUGGCUUGGCAAGCUACUGACUGGAGAGGUUGGGCUUCACUCGUCACGGGUACCAAGACCGUCAUCCAAUCCAUGCAGUCUUGGAGACACGAGUCUCUGUUCGCAGACUACAUCGCAGAGCACAGCCCAAUGCCUAACAGGCACUUCAUGAACCCUGUCAGCACACCGGUGUCCCAAGAAGCGCGCGCGCAGCAAUUGAACACACUCACGGAUAUCCACAACUCACUGCAACGCAUGCAACCAUACCUCAGCCGCAACGACCAGGAAACAAAAUGGGUUGAUCAGUUGAAAGGGUACCUCGAUCGUUUACGAGCGUCUAGCCAAGCGCAGGCGCCUGAGGAGCAGUUCAACCAGCUUUACGCGCUUCGCAAAUGGCUCUUCUGGGUACCCAUAUCCCUCCUUUCCGCGAAACGCGGGGACGUCAACGUCCUGUGCGUUCUGGCUCAUUUCUAUGCAACUGCGCUAGCAUUGGAACCCAUGUUUCCGGAUGUGGCUUCCGUUUUCGUCUCCCAUCUUUCCCUUGUCCCAUUAGAGGAGAUUGUCACCGUUAUACAGGGGUAUCAGGAUCCUAGGUACGACUCAAGGAUUCAGACCAUGUCCUACUUGGUACAAUUCCCCAUCGACGUGGUCUCAUCCUAUAAAACCAGAAGAGAAUGGACACAGCAGCACAUGACGGCCGUCUCUCCGACGCAACACUCAUCCUACGCCCUGGAAACAGUCAACCUGGACCUCGAGAACCAGAUUGCACAAUACAGCUACGGCCAAGCCCAUAGCCUUAGCCCAGUCUUUGCGCCAUCGCCUUUGGGACUCUUGCCGCCUGGGAUGGCUUCUACGCCGAGCUCCCCGUUCCUCGACGUUCCACGAACAUCGGCAGAUGGCUAUGGGUCAAGCAGCUACGCUACGAGUAGCUACCCACCUAGCAGCUACGCGUCCAGCAAUUAUGCAUCUCCAUUAGGCUCACCCGCCAAUGUAAUACUACCGCCAUAUGCGGCGCCUUCAGAACAUGCAUAUCAUUAUGGAAUAUCUGGAUAUACCAGCGGGAACAGCAGACUUGCUUAUCAGCCUCCCUCCAGCGCAGCGUCUGUGGGCGAGUAUGCGACGCACCCAGUACCAGGCACGCAGGUUCCUUCUCAAUACAACGACGCUGGAAGCUUGUAG